AUGGCGACCGGCGUACCGGAGAUCGAUUCUGAGAAUUCUUCAAAACCAUCCCCAGCCGCAUUCGCACAAGCAAGAGCAAACAGGCCAGAAGUUUGCGGUAGUUAUGCACCCGAAAGACCAUAUCCUAUUUACCUUCGAGGUGUUGUAGAAAGAGGUUUCGGUAGAGGCGGAAAAGAUUUGGGAUGUCCGACUGCCAAUCUACCAUCCAAAGUUAUGCAAGCUCAGCCUGCUCUACAACGAACGGGAAUCUACUUUGGCUUCGCAAGAAUAUUACCUCAAGAUCCUGAUGAUCCAGAUCUUGAAGAUGCAAGCUCGAUGCGAAGAAAGAAGAAGAGGCGGGUGCCAAUCAUUUCUCGCGAUGCAAGGGUGUAUCCGAUGGUGAUGAGCGUUGGCUGGAAUCCGUUUUACAAUAAUACCACCAAAACAGCAGAAGUGCACAUCAUACAUAAAUUCAGUCAAGACUUUUAUGGUUUGGAGAUGCGUGUGGUUGUGUUGGGAUAUAUAAGGCCAGAGUACAACUACGUAUCCAAGGAUGCACUUAUUGAGGAUAUCGAAAUGGACAAAAAAGUCGCUUUCAACUCCCUUGCACGUUCGCCCUACCAAGAUUACGUUACAGAUCCAUUUUUGCUUGCACCAAGUUGAUUCGCUCACACUUAAUUGUAUACCUAGGCGACUGCAUGUCGUGAGCAUUAUCUUGGCCGGUCGAGAAAAGAGCUUCAAAGGGCAAUAUUAUGAAAUGCAGGAAUAUUUCUCGGAUUCGAUCAUAUGUAUCACCUCUCUCAAUUCUCUUUUUUCGUUUCAUCAAAUGGGAAUUUCUUCCGCGGUUCUUCUUUCCGCUUUUUCCUAUCUUUAUACCAAGGAGUUUCCUACGGUUCUCUGUCCAAUUCGGGUC